AUGAAAAUACUAUUCAGAGGAGGGCUUGAGGACAAAGUCAACUCAGAAACACUUCUUUUAAAUAUAUCGGAAAUAAAGAAUAGUAUUUACCCAACUGUAGAGAAUGUAGAAAUAGUAGCCAAAGAUCUUAUCCACUACAUAGAGCUAAAGCACAUAAGAAAAGGGUACAAGCACUUUUCAACUGAAGGAGAGCUCGAAGGAGGCAUACUCUGUAUGAUAGAUAAUGUGGAUUGGGAGCUGCUCAAAGAGCACCAAACACCUUUAAAAAAUAAUUAUACAAUUCGCUUCAUAACAACUAUGCACGGGGGAUAG